AUAAAUUUAGUCACAGAUUUUUUAAAUUUUUUAGGAGAAUGAUAGUUGUGGUUUUCAACAGGAAUAGAAUUGUAGAGCUUCAAGGCAACGUUGAAUGUUGAGUUUGUCCCGUGGGUUGUAGUUUUAUGAUGGAGUUGACGAAGUUUACUAGAAUUUCUUGUAUUAUGAUGAUGGAUGUUGGAGUUCAGUGUCAGUUUUAUAUUAGUACUGACCAAGUUGUUUUUAAUUUUAUGUAUAUAUAUUAUUGAGGAGAGAUCAGCCUGUUUAGAGACCGGAAGAACUUGCGAUUGGCUGUAGACUAGGAUGGAUGGAGUUCUUGAAUGUAGACCAAAAAUAAAUUCAUAUUCAUGGCCCCAAUCACAUCACUUUAAAGAAACGCGCCAAAGCUAUCACACAAAAGUUUUCAUAACACAUCCUACCUCUCCCUGCUGUACUGUUGGUUCUAGCAAUCUUCUUGAGUUCUCCCCUACUCCCCAUCACGAACCAAUUGUACCUGUAUCAAAAGUUCGUGUUUUUUUUCCGUGUCAAUCAAUGUCUUCACACAGGCGUGCUCUCGUAAUAAAGUCUACCUACUGGCAUUAGAGUGAGAUAUUUUUUACAUCUCCAUUUGUAAUAAUUAUUCUGUUGUUACGUGCGCUCUUCGGAGUGUGGCCGGUCUACAUUGUUGGCUUAGGGGUUAGGGGCGGAAUGAUACCCCUGAUCUCGAAAGUAGACCUUCUAUUUCAAAAAUAAUGAAGUUCGAACCAUAACAAGUAUUGUCGGUUCACCUUCAACAGCGAAAGAAAGACACUAUGUUUCUUAUAAAUUUUACACUUUAAGUGUAAAUCUACUACUGAUGGGUCUGUUUGAUGUUGAUGUUUCUUGUGUUAGAGUUAGAUGUCAUCACAAUGAUUUGUAUGACCAUUGGCUUCUGAUGAGGUUAUGGUGUUAAUGUUUACAUCUUUGACGUUUAAGUGAGGUGGAGAACAUAAACAUGGAAUCUGUUCAACUUCUUGCUGAGCCUGCAGAGGUACUGGGUGGACAUGUUUUGUCUCUCUCCGCUGGUGAUGUUCUUCGGGACAGUGGCAUUAUAUUUACCCAAGAUGCACUAUCAAACAUUAUUACUACUGAUGCUGGUGGUGAAGAAGUUCAAACAUUUAUGUCCUUACCUGUCCACCUCCUUCAAGACAAUUCCUAUGUUGGCCCUGUUCUUGUCAAAAAUGCUGCUGGGAAUACCUUCUUGAUAGAUCCCAGACAGUGUAGUGUUUUAGGAGAUGGGAGCGACGAUGGUCAAGCCCAGCUAAUCAUCACUCCGAGCACUGAAGCCAUCUCUUCUGAUCAGUCAACAUCAAACAUACUGGGUUUGGAUAUGGACUUUCCGUACAUUACUAAUGUUGGUAAUGUAGUCCUUGGUGAAAAUGGAGGUGUAGCUGAAAAUAAUAUUGAUGUUAACUCCUCGACAAUUCUUCAACUUGAAAGCCGUAUGAUUCAAGGAGCAAGCCAAAUGUUACAAGGAGCCAACAAAUUGCUCCCUGAGGGAAUGUGUAUUGAUAUGUCCCAAUUAAGCAUUGUUACCUCAGAUGGUGUUGUAUCAUACGUGACUGCAGCAUCUGCCGACAGUGCCCUUCCUGAAGCAAAUGUAGUGGCACCAGCUCUCCCUCAAACUUCUCAUGGCUGUGGAGAUGAAGAUUUCAAGGAAUCUGUUAUUUUUACAUCUGAAGCUACAAUUUCUCAAGAUAAUCCUAGCAAUCUAGAAAUUCACCCUGCCAAAGUAAAACGAGGCCGUGGAAGACCUCGUAAAAGUGACCCCAAUCAAGACGAUGUAAUGGAUCCUCCUGUAGGAAAGCCACCUUAUAAAUGUGAUACGUGUGGCUAUGAAGCAGCUCUCUGGGGAAGAUUGAAGAGACACAAGGAAAGCCAUCGCAAUGAGAAACCACAUCGCUGCAAAGUUUGUGGGGCUUCAUAUAAUGUUGAGGCUAAUCUCACAUUGCACAUGGCUACUCACAAUCAAGAACAACUCAAAUGUCCUGAGUGUCAGAGAGAGUUUUCUCGAGUUGCAAGUUUAAGGUCUCACCUAAUGCUCCAUGAAAGAGAGGACAAUCUCUUCUGCACUGAAUGUGGGGAUGAGUUCGCUUUGCAGUACCAAUUGGACAGUCAUGUUAUGGAGCACCAAGAUGAGUGGGUGUCAAAAAAUGUUGAGAAAAUUUAUGAGUGUCAGAAGUGCCAACGUCAAUUUUCAAAGGCUUCAGCUCUGAAAGAGCACAUGCGAGACCAUGUCAAGGUCAAACAUUCAUUAGUACGUCGAAAACAUGAUCGUACUCAAGAUAGAUCAGAAUUUUCUCACAAGUGUACUACAUGUGGGAAGGUUUUCCAAAAGCCUAGUCAGUUAGUUCGUCAUAUGAGGAUCCACACUGGAGAAAGACCUUAUCCGUGCAAUAUUUGUGGUAAAGCCUUUAGCCAAAAGGGCUCUUUGCAAAUUCACAUGACCAAACACAAUGGCGAGAAACCUUAUGAGUGUGAUUUUUGCAGUGCAAAGUUUAGUCAAAAAGGUAAUCUCCGAGCACACAUACAAAGAGUCCAUUCAAUUCCUCAACAAGGCACUGUAACAUUUAGGUGCAGUGAAUGCCCAUGUAUCUUUAGAAAAUUAGGUAGUCUUAAUUCUCACAUGGGGCGUGCUCAUAGUCAAGUAGAUAAUGUGAAAGCAUUGAAAACUGAGACCCUGAACUCUGAGCAAAUAAUGCAAGUAAAUGUUAACCAAAUUAUGGCCCAAAUAGCUGCUUUGGAGACAGUCAACAGUUGUGAUGAGACUCAGAGCACACCUAACAUUAAAGAUCAAGGAAAGGAAGAUUCCGUUUCUGAAACAGCACCAUCAACUUUAAAACACCCAGGUCCCUUAUCUGUCAAAAAGCCUGAUUCUAGUGACAUUCUUCAAGAAGCUAUAAGUAAGAGUGGUCUCGAAGGGAAGCCAGAACUAGAAGUCUCAGCCAACAAAGCAACAGCUGUUACUGGAUUCAUUACUUUAGCAGACAAAUCCUUGGAUGGAACAGUGAGGCGCUAUACUAUUAGACAGAGGAAAGUUGGAGGUGUGCGAUGGCAUCAGUGUUCAUUUUGUUGCAAGGAGUUCAAAAAGCCAUCUGAUCUUGUCCGUCACAUACGUAUUCAUACUCACGAAAAGCCUUUCAAAUGCCCUCAUUGUUUCCGAGCGUUUUCUGUGAAAUCAACAUUAACUGCCCAUAUUCGUACCCAUGGUGGUUUAAAACAUUACUCUUGUCCAGAUUGUAACAAAAAUUUUUCUACAACAAGUAGUCUUAAAGUUCACCAAAGGCUUCACAAUGGUGAGAGGCCAUUCCCUUGUAGUGUAUGUAAUCGAACAUUCCGGACAUCUGGUCACAGACAGACUCAUUGGCUACAGCACUGUGAUCCCCAAUCAAAUCUCUCAACUGGAUCCAAAAAAAGGCGAAGAAAAUCAAAAAAAUCAGAAUUACAACCUGGAGAAAAUCUUCCAGAUGUACUACUUGGAGAACCAAUUGUCAUUACAGAAUCAGGAUUAGUUCAAACUGAAAUGAUAAAACCUGAUAAACAGCCUGGACCAAGGCUUCAUAGCUGUGAUCAGUGCAAUGCCUCUUUCCGCAAAAAGAACCAUUUGCGCAACCAUCUCAGAAUUCACAGUGGAGAACGUCCAUUUCAGUGCAAUAUUUGUUCUAGGAGUUUUGUAUCCAAUGGUGUACUGAAAACACACAUCCUUACUCAUGAUGCAGUUAAAGCGUUCAAAUGUGAGAUAUGUCCAACAGCAUUUUCCACUCAAGGUAGUUUAAAGAGACAUCAGAGCAUGCACAGUGAUAGCAAACCUUUUAUGUGUCCCUAUUGCCACAAGACAUUUAAGCACAAAUUGGCAUGUAAAAAACACAUCAAAAACCAUAAAGUUGAAGUAGCUCGCGCUGUAGCUCAGCAAGCAAAUGAACUUCAAGAGCAACAAUUUGUUGUGUCUGUUGGAGACAGCUUUAACGGGGGUGAAAUAAUUGUUCCCAACUUCCAGGGCUUUUCAAACAAUGCUCUUGGUGGAUCAGAUAACCUUGAAGAAAGUGUAACAGACAAACUGGUCCAUACAGGAGGUGUAAUUACGCACACUUUGCUUGCUGAUGCAUCUGGAACCAUCACUCUUCCUGCAUCUCUAACUCAGGAAAGUAUCCGUGAAAUAGAAGACACCUUAAACCAGCAGCUUUCAUCUGGAGGAUCUAAUACAAUUCUGAUCAACACCUCUCAUCAAUCCAGUAUGCCUCUCAACACGAUAACUGUAAAUAGUUCUGUGCAGCAGAAUACUAGUGUAAUUGAUUUUGCUACAGCCUCUGAAGCUGCUCAUGCAGAAGAUGUUGUUGCUGCUGCAAAUCUAGCUGCCAGUGAAGCACCUGUUGGUUCUAAUUUACAUGAUGAACACAAGGAAUCUGGUCUUGUGUCUGAAUCAGGUGACUUAAGCUCAGCAAUAUUUGCCCAAACCUUUGACCAACAGGCCUAUGAUGCAUGCACAUUCCCCACCAUAACACUUCAGGGGGAUCAUUUAAAUCUGACUGGUAUUGAACAAGGUGAAACCUUGUCAGCAAAUAUGGAAGCAAUUUUGCCUCAAUCACGUGGAAAUGAGCGUCGAAGAGCAGAUCAAAAUGAUGAGGAUAGUAAUCAGCUUGGGGAAGACAUCCAUGAGCUUUCUUUGCCUGAUGCAGAAGAGCAAACUUUGACUGCUGAGGGCAUGGAGGAGUCGGCAACAUCAGAGCCUGGCAUCAACUCCACAUCUUGUGAAGUUUGUGGACACACCUUUAAAAGAAUGUCGCAGCUCAAAGUACAUAUGAGAACAGUCCACAUGAGCAGUCCAAGACCUCACGCCUGUUCAUAUUGCACUCGAAGCUUCAGCUCUGCAAAUGGGUUGAGGCUACACUCUCGUACACAUGCUGGAGAGAAAAGUCAUGUUUGUGAACACUGUUCACUGUCUUUCACAUCAACUGCCUCAUUAAGUAGACACAUGGCUAUCCAUACAGACAGAAGGCCCUUCUCUUGCUCCAAGUGUUCUGUAGCUUUUCGUACUCAGUUGCAGCUUCGAAAACACUUGAAAGUCCAUGAACCUAUUGUUGUCAGAUCUCAAAGGAUUAGUAAGAAAAUUCCUGCUAUUAUUUUCUCAGAGGAACAGACUUCAGCCUUAGCAAACCAAGAUGUUGACAUGGCGGGUAGUGUUUCUGAAAAAAUGCUAAUUGCUUCGGCUAUUGAAGUAAACAGAGAUGAAAAUACUGAGGACUCAAAGAAAUUUGAUAUGGAACCAGCAUUUGCAAACAAGUGCAAGUUUUGCCCCAAAAGUUUUCGAAAGCCUUCUGAUUUGGUGCGCCAUGUCAGAAUUCAUACAGGGGAAAGACCAUUCCGCUGUGAUCACUGUUACAGGUCCUUUACUGUUAAGUCUACCCUUAACUCACAUAGAAAGACACACAUGUCUGACUUACCAAAGAUGUUUGCGUGCCAUGUCUGUAAUUUAAGGUUUUCGACCAAAGGCAGUUUAAAAGUGCAUAUGCGUUUACAUACAGGUUCCAAGCCAUUUAAGUGUCCUCUCUGCCCACUAAGAUUUCGAACGUCAGGCCAUCGUAAAGCUCACCUUCAGUCUCAUGCACACAGCGGGAAUAGUUCCCGUGCUCGUAAAAGUCAGCGAGCCCUCUCAAUCACUGAGGAGGAGACUAGUCAUGAAAUGGAGGAAAUUCUUACUCAUCAAAUUAUAACGGAGGAUGGUUCAGUUGUGGAAGUUGACACAGCAGCUUUGUUAGCAGCUGGAGGAACACUUGAUGGAAAUCCCCUUCAACUUCAAAUUAACGAUUCACUUCUACAGCAAUUGCAGUUUCAGAGUGGGGGUAAUGUUGUCAUCCAAGAAAAUGGAACCGUUCAUUUUGUGGCUAAUGGUGAUACAGACAAUGGAAAUGAGUGUGAAAACAUUGAAAAUCCAGUAAUGCCCAUGGACAUGGAUCAAGGGCAUUCAGUACCCUCUAACCAGGACCUACCAUCCCUUUUGCCCACAAUUGAGGAAAUUAAUGCAGUCCAGGAACAUGUGGAAUGUGGUGAACAGCAGGAAACUGAUGAUAUCAGUGGGAUGCACUUUGAAAUUCAUACUGAUGAACAUGGUCAAAUCGUUAAUAUACAUCAAGCUUUGGAUGGGAAUGGUGUGGUCCUUUCAGAUCUAAACAUCUCUGAUGUCACAAAAGUUAACAUAGACGGAUCUGAAUUUCAAAUUUUAGAUGGUGUGACAGAGGCGAAUCCAGAGAAUGAAAUUGAUCCAAAUGGAUUUGUGACCCUUGAUAUAAGUGAUAUUAUCAUGGCACCUCCAAACACUAAGAAAGUUAAAAGCCUAAAGAGCAAGAGUGACUCUUCAGGCCCAACAGCUCACACGUGCUCUGUGUGUGGAAAAGUUUUUUCCAAACCUAGUCAGCUUCAACGUCAUAUUAGAAUUCAUACAGGGGAGCGCCCUUUUCCUUGCACACAGUGCUGGAAAGCUUUUAACCAAAAAAAUGCCCUCAAGGCUCACAUGAAACGACACACAGGUGAGCGCCCUUUCAAAUGCCCACAUUGCGAGCAUGCCUUUACUCAGAGAGGCAAUCUGAAGACACACAUUGGACGAGCUCAUCCCCAUUCGACAGAAGCUGGACACUCGAAGAAAAGAAAAAUAAUUUCUCUUCCUAAAAAUAAUAUUCUAGAUGAUGUAUCUUUUAGGCUUGACCUUGAGGGUGUUGUUGGAGAUCUUUUCCCUCAAAUGCAGACAACUGCAGAAGCAGAAGGAGACUAAAAGCGGCUCUUUUGAAAAUUUUUGUAUAUAUGGAGACUUUUGUCUCAGCAUAUGAGGAUUUUCCUUUCAAGGAUAUGAUCUGGUUUACUUUGAUACGGAAAGUUGUGCUCAAUAUUUAUACAUGAAGUAACUUGUCUACAUGAUUGAUUUAUAUCAACCCUGUAAUCUCUACUUGCAAGGAGUGUAGGUAAAUGAAAGAUCUGUCACACAAAUGUAUGAUUUCAGCUUGUGUUAUGUGAUUUUGUACAUUCAUUUUUGCCAAUCUUCCAACUAUUGAAGAUUUUAUUUUACCUGUGAUUUUUUUGUAUAGGCCCAAAACUACAUGAGAUGAGACUCUGAUUCUUUCUAUUUAUUGUAAUAAGGUUUAAGACAUGUAAACCUUCUUUAGACAUUUAGUGCACCUAGAUUUUAGAUAGUUGAAUGUUUAGGCAUUAGUUGCCUAUUUGGUGUGAUCAUGGUGUUAACAAAUUUGUUAAACUUCUUUUGUCUAUAGUUUGACCUCAUUGGAAGGUCAACUGUUGUACAUAGCGGUUCACUAUAUAUGAUUGUCUGGUUUUCACACCAGAGAAGUUGAGUCCUAAGAUCAUAACACUACGGAAAUAAAGGAAUGAACUGGGAGCUGUGUAAGUAACAUAUGACAAAAAUUAUAAUUGUGAUAUUUAUUGCAGUCUUAAUUUAGUAUAGUACAUGCAUUAGAGGUGGUAAAAAUCUUUUCUUCAGACAAGUAUUCUGAAGUUAUUGAUUUUGUGACUUGUACCUGAUUUAUUAUGUGUAAGUAACAUUAAAGAUAACAUGUGAUCUGUA